CUAGUGUCUUGCGUCUUCGAUAUGGCAAUGGUGGAUAAUUCCUACGUCCUAUUCUCUCGCUUGUGCGUUGAGCUUUUUCACGAGCUUCCUCCAGUUCCAUCAGAUGAGUCUCACGGCCAUAUCACAACUUUUGAGACACUGUUUUUGCGCAAAUGCCAAACAGAGCUUGAAAACUCAUCCCCCAAGACAGAACAACUACCAUUGGUUUAUGUUGAUGAAUCAAACUAUUACAGAUUCAUCAAAACCGUAAGGGUUUUGGCUCAAGUUUUCAACGACAGGAAGAUCACUGAAACAACACGGAAACACAUUGUUCAGGUGCUGAUGAAUCCCAUCUUGCCACCUGAGAGGAACACUGAUGCAAUGAAUUUGUUUCUCUACUCCAUUGGAAAACUAGCUGACUUCCACUUCACUGAUAAUAAUUUAAAUUUCAAUCAGCUUGUUCAAAUUUCUCAGGCUGUAGAGCUGGAGAGCAAUUAUAAUGAACAAGUCAAGCUUAGGGAAGAGGCAGAAGAUGCACUUGCUAGAACUAAGGAAGAAGUGGAGACGAUGGAACGUUUACUUGAGUCUUACAAGGAAGAACAAGGUAUAUUGCAACUUGAAGCUCAAGCCUUGGAGCUCAAGCAUGACGCAGAGUUGCAGCUCAGGAGAGAAACAGAGACCUUGCUUGUCAGAGAAAGGGAGAGGAUGAACAAGGUAAAGAUUCAGCUGGAAACUCUUGAAGAUGAACGUGAUGAUAUGCGUCUGAAGGCUGAGGAGUUCGAGAGCAAGUACAAUGGGGAGAUGACUCUCAGGAGAGAAUCUGAGGCUGCGCUGGAUAAAGAAAUCAAAGAGUUGGAAGGACUGAAGCUACAGUUUGAAACCUACAAAACAGAGGAAGAGAACCUUACUUCACAGGUGAGAGCUUGGCAGGACAAGUGCGAGCAAGAGUCGAGUCUUAGAAACGAAACAGAGGUUGCACUCUCUAAAGAAAAACUAGGGCUUGAGGUAGUCAACGGACUAUUCGAUAUGAUAAACAGAGAAGCAGAUGCUAUUCGAGAAGAGAGGGACAAAGCUCUCCAAACAGCAAAAGAGCUAAUGGAAAAACGUCAACCUCCACCAUCGUUUUCCUGCCCUAUCACACAGGAGGUCAUGAAAGAUCCACAAUUGGCUGCAGAUGGAUUCACAUACGAAGCCCAAGCUAUUAAGAAAUGGUUUAUCACAGGUCACCAGACGUCGCCAAUGACAAAUCUCAGACUUUCACAUCUCAACCUUGUCCCUAACCGGGCUCUCCGCUCUGCGAUUGAGGAGUUGGAUUAA